AUGGGAUCGUUUUCCGAAGUAGAUGGCAUCAAGGAUUCGGAAAAGGCGGUAGUGUCUGAGGACGAGGAGGAUGGGGAGCUAGCCUUCCCAGCCUCCAUGAUGGACGAGGAGGCUACCAAACGAGAUACCAAACUAUCGGAAACCCUGGUCGAAAUUGAGGACUUUCUUGGUCGCGUCAUUUGGACGAUUCAGCAUUCCUCCGAUGGUUGUGUUGGACGCGAUACAAACGUAGAAAAUCAACGGUGUAGAAUAGAAAUGCAGUUGGCUGAAAUGCAGAGCUGUGAGGAGGACCGUUGUGGAUGGAUCCCAUGUAUUCUGAGUGAAGGGGUUCAACGAAAACUCAACAUUUCCCAGGGACUUAUCGCUGACUUAAGGGCUAUUCAUAACCACGCGUUUACGACCUACAAACAACUGGAGAUGUACACUCCGUUGACCAGGUCGUUCGCAGACAGCCAAAUGGACGAGCUCGUUUGCCAACUUGAACAGGAGGUUUCGGCCAGUUUUCAAGACACACCACUGGUGCACCUUCGAAUCUCUGAAAUGGAGGAGUUUCUUUCACGAACACCACCAAUUUGCACGCCCUGUAAUGCCGAAGCUUCCAGCCUUCGGAGUACAUUGCAAAUUCUCUCGGAUGUUAUUCUGCGUCUCAACUCUGCAGUUCAACUGCUGGAGCGUAUGGCAUUCCUCACUAACCUUCAUCCAUCUCAACGUCUUAAAACCUUGCGUUUUGCGUAUCCAAGAGCUCUAGAAGGUCUCACAAGGUGUUUUCGAGCUCUGGAUGCCCUUCUUCGGGAGUUGGCUGAGUGGAGGAAGUGCAUUAUACUUGUUGAAGACUCAGAUCAACGUGACACUGCAACUCAAGCCGUAAUCGAAGUAGUCAAUUUUGCCAUGGAUGUGAUCACUCAGGAGCUUCAACGUGUCAGUACUGUCGAAUUCUUCAAUGCUCCAGACUUUCUCUCCCAAAUCCUGGCAUGGCUCUCCAGCUUCCACGCCUCACUCAUUGGCUUUCGGAAGGCCAUCUGUCAAUACAGAUUGGAAAAAUCGGCGAUUUGUAGUCAUUCCAGCGCACUCCUCCAAGACCUUCUUAAUCUCGAAUGGCUAAUAACUGAUUCGCGACUUCAAAGUUCGCGCGACAUGACCCGUGAUGUUGGUGGAACAGCUGCAGGUUAUAUAAAGACGUCAUGGAUGGCUAGUAUCCAAAAAAUUUUAGCGGAGAUUGAACCGACUAAAAGAAGGAGGUUGUUGAACUUGUUGGAGGGCAUGGAACGAUCCUCACGAGAGCGGAGGAGGUCUCUUCUCGGACUUCUACUGGGUUCCCGUGAGCCAGUUAAAAUUUUCGAAGGUGUUACAAUGCUCAACUACAUUGUUGCGAGGACUGAAGGCUUCACAGAUCUGGAGGUUCAAGCAUUAGAAGAGAAAUAUGCAGGAACUGAAGAUUAUCAAUCAAACGAUUGCAGUCACAGUGUGGCACAUUUGGAGGAAAGUCUGCAAGCCUUGAGACAGACAGCGAGGAUUUUGUUCACCUGCCUGUCUACCGACUCACAGCCGUCAUCUAAAGUGACUCCAUCCAAGCAUCUCGACGUCAACGAGUUGUACAGAAGAGCAGUAAAGUUGGUAAAUGACUAUGAAGCCAGUGAAAUCGGCUGCCAGAUUCUUGAGGCUUGGCAACAGCUUCAGUCAAUCGCUGAUAAACUAGGUCGUCUACAAGCUGGCGCAUCAAUGGCACGAAAGCGCAGCUGGAGUUUGUUGGAAAUUCUUGGAUCUCAUGAAUGCCUCUAUCCUGGAUGUCGUGGAAAAAAGAGUGAAAAGCACGAGAUCCAGGCCAUGAAUGACGGUCUUUUGCAUGAUCUCCACAGCUUCUACAGCCUUCUUUGCUCCGAAUUUCAUGAUCGCGCAAUGCGAAUUCCGGUCGAGGUUUUAACCUCAAGCACUCAGGAAGCAGCUUCCAGUGAAAUUGCUUUGUUGAAUCUGCGACAAGAAUGGUAUCGUAACGUGGGUCUUGUAAAUCAGUUCAAUAGUCUUCACAGACGCGUCAAGUUGGAUGGUAGUGGGAGGAGUGAGGUGAGAUCCUCCUUUGCAUUGAUUGAAGAUAUCUGGGGUGAGGCUACUCCACUGAAAGCUGUCUUUGAGGCCACAGAAAGACUCGCAACAGUUUCCUCUUGGUUAUGCGAGGUUGAACGAUACCUGGAAUUAGAUGUACUUCCGCGCUUACAAACAGCUUGGAAGAAAUCUUCAGAGGAUGAUACACUCUCUGUAGUGGAAGAGUACGUCUAUAAGAUGAACGAAGUUGCCGAGGACUUAGAAGACCUAGAAAAAAGUGGUAUCCUGGCGGAGCGACAUCUAAAAACUGUCAAACACUCCCUUCAAGCCGGAUGGUUUAGUGUACGAGAAUUUUUACUCAACAGAUGCGUUGAACCCGCCUUCCAUGAAGAUCCCACUUCAGUGCGCUAUUUCCCUUUAGUGGAUGACUUUCUUCGUCACUCCGUUGGGCUAGGAUUUCAGGAUUGUGAUCUGAAAGCGAUACACACAAGACUAUGUAAUCAGUAUCUUUUUCAUGGUUUACCACAACGCGAGCAUCAUCCUGUGCCGGGAGGACGCAAGUUCUGUUCCACACAUAGAUCACUGCGAUCGCUGUUCUUACCUGCCUGGCUAACUGAAAGAUGUCGAAUAGUACAGCACAGACCACCAGUAGCUCUCACUAUCCAUUCAAUUCCUGAUAUUUACACUGAAGCAUAUCCGCCGCUCUCCAGCACUGCAGAAUUGGCUUUUUACAGUCCAAAUUGCAUCGCGUUGCAAUCACAACGAUGGCUAUCGCUACCCAACAUUAGAUCACAGAGUCCGACACGCCGAGAGACUAAAAGAGGUGGAGUAAACUGGGGUCCGCUCGUGGCGCGUCCAGAGAGUCCACAUUUGUCCGUCAUUGCGGAGGUUUCUGCAGACGAAUCGACACUUGAGAAGCAUCAAUGCUUUAAUGAAAAACUGCAGAAGCCAUCGCAGGUGUAUGAAGAGGAAAAACACGUCGGCGACGGUGAGUGGAAAACAGCGGCACCCAAGAAGACGAGAAGCAGCAGCAACAGGGCAGCUAAGAAGAUGGAUGAAGAAGAGGAGGAAAGAACCGAGGGAUUCACUUCCCCUUCGCCUAAAAUUCCAACUUUCUGGGACAGUGAGGAUAAGCAUGGUGCUCCCACACCGACACAGACAAGCUUUGGUGCUAAAGAUGGAAUUCAGAUCAAAGGUGGUCGUGUGAACUGGGGCCCACUUGUAGAGCGUCCAGAGAGUCCGCAUUUGUCUGUGAUUUCUGAGGCUUCUACAGACGGAUCGACACUUGAAAAACAGAAAUGUAUCGAUGAGAAACUGCAAAAGUCAUCACAGGAGGUUUCUGAAGCGGAGGAACCCGAUCCACAAGAAGGUGACUCAGAUGGAGAGACUGACAAGACCAUCUCGGAAGUGCUACCUUCCGAGGUUAGAGUGAACGAAAAUGAAUCGGCUAAGUCGUUGCAGAAAAUUAUGGAAAGCUCAAGCGAUUCUGUCUGUGGUCCUAACAUCAAGGCGGAACCAUUCUAUGAGGAGAUGGUGGAACAAGGGGCAGAGCUUGUUGACGGCAACGCCAUAGAGAGACAGGACACGGAGCUCUGCGCAGCUAUAAAAACGUUUUUACAAACAACUGGGAAAGAUGAAAAUGGGUUCAAAGAGGAGCCGCAAAGUCCAGAAGACGGCAUUUUGGAAAAGACUACAUUUGUCGAAGUCGGAAGUGAAGAUGUUUCGGAGCCGCGAGACGAAGCUGAAAUAAAUUUGGUACAACGAGAUGCUGGGAGGGAUUACAGGCAGAGGAGCCAAGAAGUCAACUUCUCUGUUGAUGAACGACCGCCAGUUGAACAAACUGACACGAGUGAAGUGAAUGAGCAAUCAGGUAGAGGGGAUUUUAACAGCCACCUUGGAAAAGUGGGUGUCAAUGAGACUAACAAUGAGAAAAUCUCACUUAAUUCUACCAAAAGUUCCACCAAACCUAAAAGAAAGUUGAAAAAAUCACGAAAGAAAAAUUCUUCUGAGGACCCGUCGACAAGAGUUGUUUCAAAGCCUCCUUCAUGGAAUAAUGUGCAUAGAUCAGCAAAAUUUGAAGGCACUGAUGCGAUAACUGAUGGCCCUUCUAGCACUGAACAGGAAGUUCAAAUUCUUAACGAGCAUAAAAAAGGCGGGAAUCUAUUGAAUGGGUUCCAAAAUGCCGGUAAAUAUGACAGGGGAGUUGCAACGAAGCCACUUGCAAAGAAGAGGAAAUAUCGAGAGUUGAUAAACGUUCGAGAGGUCAGCAACUCAGAAGGUCUCCCGGCUUCAAAAGAAUCUGGAGAUGUUUUAUCUGCGGUUCACGCAAAAUUCAACCAUAAAGCGCAAAUCGGUGUUAACAUUCCUGAGGAGGAGGACAAUUUAUUCGACAGUACUGUCGUGGACGUAGAUGAGGGUCAAUUCGCCAGCGAAUUUAUCUACGAUGGGCUUCUAGUGUACGACCUUCAGCCUGACGACGAGGUUAAAGAAGAAGCUAAACUAAAACAGAAGUGUAAUGGUGGAGUGGAAGUUGAGAAGGCUAAAACGGACACCAAAGAUGCAAGGUCCUCCUUACAAAAGAAAAAUUGGGUUGUUAAAGCUGCCGAAAGCCUUUUGGAAGAAGUGCAUCCAGUCGAUGUUGAUGAACCAAUCGAUCCUGCAGUACUUUCCAGUAAGUUGGAUCACCAUCAAAUGGAUCAGCACUGCAUUGAUGAAGGUGUGGCCUUAAAGAACAAGGAAGUACUGCUUAUAUCUUCCCAUUUGUGGGAGGGUGAAGCCAAGAAAGGGAUUUUACAUGAAGUUGACUUGACGAAAUGGUCUGACGAGAAAGACGCAAAGAGGGGCCAAAGUGUAGAGCCUAUCGACGACACUAAAGAUGAUAAUACCUUUAUUCCCACUUUGAAAGAAAACGCCUGCCAAGAUCCAGAGCAGUCAGUUGCUUUGACUACUGAGAUGGAUAAAGAUAGAUCGUGCCCUGAAGAUGCGAAUUCAACAAAAAAACGCAAAACGAAACCGAAGAAAGGAGACCGAAAGGAAAGAGACCUUGAUAGGAAGUCCGGAAAUAAAGAAGCUGUGCUUUCUGAAAAUCUUGCGGUAAGUGAUAAAGUUCGAGUAGGUAACGAGGCUGUUUCCCCUGCAAAUGAGUUCAACGCGUAUGUGGAUAAAGAUGGUUUAGAAAUAAAGCCAAAGCUUCAGUCAGACCUAUCGGAUCUCGAUGAAGACUUGCUUAGACACUUGGAAGAAAAUGUUCAUUCAGGAGGGCGCAAAAUCGAGAUUCAGGGAGGCGACAUGGAUACACUUGAAGAGACAAGCACUGAAGAUAAGGGUUUAGAAUCCAAUGGACUUGGAACGGUUGAUACAUGGAACGAUUUGCUUUCUUCAAAAGAAUUUGAGAUAUAUUCAAAAGAAGAAAAAGGGAAAAGGAUAACUGUUAAAAUGGACCACCUCGAAGGCUUCGGUAGUAGAGAUGUCCUGAGAGAGUGCACAAACGAGGAUGCAGAAUCUCAAGGACAUCUUGCAGAAGCCCGCGACAGUUCGGAUGAAAUCUACCAAUCUGGAACUAUUCAGAGAGUGGAUGCUUCAUCAUCUUCGAAGGCACCUGAAGUGCCCUCUAUAAAAGGCGGGAAGAAGAAAAGGCACCAGCGGGGAAGGCACAUCGUGAGUGAAGUCGAGGUUGAGGAAUGCACCACUUCCACUGUUCCAGCUUCACGAGAAAUGUCCAUCAUAGAUGCUGAAGUGGACCACAAAGCAUCUGAAGUGGCUGCAGGUGUGGGACAUCUAAUGCAGCCUGAAGAAGCUAAAGGCGCCUUAGAUAUCAUAGGAGAUGGCCAGGUACUUGUGUUAGAAACCGAGAAACAGCCCUCCACUGUUCUCAAGGAAGCCUCUAAACAAAUUCAGCACCAACAUGUGGCGGGUAAAUUGAACGACCAGCUGGAAGAUGAGUCUCAGGUCAACGAAUGUGAUCCGGAGGCUGGAGGAGAGACUGUAGACGAACUCAGGGCUGUUGCUGAAGCCAAUGUUAUGAAAAAUUUGAAUGAAGGCGAGGAAGGUGAGCACUUGCAGUAUGAACAUGCCACCGAAGGCGUUGGUGGUGAAUUACAGCCUCAAACAAGUCAAGACACCAUGAGAUGGGAGGAUUCAGAAUUUCAAGAACAUCCAGUAGAAGGUCCCGACAGGUUGGAUGAAUUCGACCAAUCUGAGACUAUCCAGAGAGUGGAUGCUUUGUCAUCUCCAGAGGUGUCCGAAGUACCUUCUAUAAAAAGUGGGAAGAAGAAGAGCAAGAGGCAUAGAAAGGAAAGUCACCCUUUUGUUGUUAAAGUCGAAGCUCAAACACUUGAUAGUUCCACUGUUCUUCCUGCAACAGUAAUGGCUGAUCUGAAUGAUGAAGCAGAGCUCAACAUAACCGAAGCAUUUGUAGAUGAGCAAGAAUUUGCUUCUGAUCUUUUGAAAGAACCCCAACCAAUUCACCAUGAAGUAGUGGUGAAAGAAUUGCCAGAACAUCCAGAAGAUAGGUUUCAAAUCAAUGAUUCCAAAUCGGAUGUUCAAGACGAGAGUGCUGAUGAAUCCAGGGCCGUUGGUGAAACUAGUAAUCUGGUAAGUGGCUAUGAAUCAAAGCAACACUCGGCAGAACAGGAGAAGAGGGAGAAAUAUUUUGAAGAGGGAGGAGAGCGCACACAAGAUGAAAGGGAUGUCGAAGACGGUAGUGAUGAAUCACAGCCUCGGGCAAAUGAAGAGGCCUUGAAAAUGUCCACAGAUGAGGGUGUAGAAACACCAAAUGAUUUGAUAGAAGGUGAAGGUUAUGUAAAUGAAAUUGUCGAACCUGAGAGUAACCCUAUUUUUGGUGAUUUGUCUGCUUCACAGGAGCAUGAAGGAAUUUCUGUGAGGGGCGAAGGGAAGAAAAGGCGUCGAAAAGAAAGGUACUUUCAGGAUGAAGGGGAAGUCGAAACACUCGAAGCAACUGCAGAUGUAGGAUAUCCACUGGAACCUGAAGAUGAUACAAAGACGAAGAAUAUUGCAACAAAUGGCAAAGAAUUCGCUUCUGGUGGUUCGGAAGAAGUCUCUCAACCAAGCGAACAUGAUUUGAUGGAAAAAGAAACGCCCGGUCAUCUAGGAGAUGAGGCUCAAUCCAUCAAACAUAAACUGGAGGUUCAAGGCAUGAGCGCCGAUGGAUCAAAGCCACAUUUAACAGAAGAGAACGAAAAGAAUUGGGACAAUGAAGAAAGAGAGCACUGGCAAGGUGAAGGUGGUAAUGUAGGUGAUGAAGAUGAAUUGAGACCUCAAGAAAAUGAAGACAUCUGGAGCGAGACCACAGAUGAGAGGGAUGCAAAACCUUUCAAACGCCCUACGGAAGGUGAAGACAAUGUGAAUAAAAUUGCUGACCCGGCAACUAUUCAAGGCGUCGAUACUUUGUCAUCUUCACAGGAGUCUGAAACACCUCCGGUGAAAAGCAAAACGAAGAAACAACACCGAAAGAAAAAGCAGCUGCUGAGUGAAGUUGAAAUGGUAGUAGGCGUGGAACCGCCAAUUCAAACUGAAGAAGACAAAAGCGCUUUAGAUGUUGUAGUAGGUAGACAAGGAUCUGUUCUUGGGAUUGGCAAGCAUUCCCAACCAAACGAGCAGGAGUUUGCGGUGAAGGAAUCGUUCAUUUACCUGGAAGGUAAGCCUCAAACGGACGAAUGCAAUUUGGAGGUUCAAAGAGAUCUUGUUAAUGAAUCCAGGGGCAUUGGUGAAGUUGAUGAACUCCUGCAGCUAGAUGAAUGCGAACCACAUCUUGGGCAAAAGGAAAAGGAGCGGAAGCAUCGUGAAGAAGGCAAACACUGGCCAGGCGAAAGUGAGUUUGAAGGUGUUGGUGAUAAAUCACAGGUUUUGACAAAUGAAGAGGACGAUGAGGAGUCCUGCAACAGUCGAUUAAAAGUAGGAGACGAUAUAGCUGAAAUCGUUGGAGCUGAGACUCCCCGAACUACUGAUGUUUUGCCAUCUUCACAAGAACCUGAAGGACUUUCCAUGAAAAUUGGGGAGCGGAGCCAGCACCCGGAGGAUAGCUACCUUCAAAAUGGAACCGGAGCCCAGAAAUUGGAAACUUCUACUGCUUUUUCUUUAAAAGAACUAUCUGGCAUGGUUGAUGAAGGUGAGUUCGAAACAGCCAGAACGGCCGUUGAUGAACAGAGGAAGGAGCAUCAUGAAGAAGAAGAAGGAGAGGAUUUGCUGAAUGAAAGUAACGUCGAAGGCGUUGGUGAUGAUUUGCGACCCCAGACAAAUAAAGGUAUCCUGCAAGAAUGCACAAAGGAGGAUGUAGAAUCUCAAAAACAUCCUGCGCAAGCUCGCUAUGGUUCGGAUAAAAUCGACAAAUUUGAGACUACCUAUGGAGUAGUUAUUUUGUCAUCUCCUGAGGAGUCUGAAGCAUCUUCCAUGAAGGGUGGGAAGAAGAAAAGGCACCGAAAGAAAAGGCAUUUGAUGAACAAAGCUGAAGUUGAGGAAUGUACCGCUUCCACUGUUCUUGCUUCACAAGAAAUGUCCAUUAUGGAUGCUGAAGCAGACCUCAAAACACCUGAAGCAGCUCCAGGUGUGGGAUAUUCACUACAAUCUGAAGAAGCCAAAAGCGCCUCAGAUAUCAUUGUCGAUGGCCAAGAACCCGUGUCUGAUAUCGAAAAACAGCCCAUCGUUAUUCUCGAAGGAGCCUCCCCUCCCAUUCGACAUGAAUUUGUGGAGAAUAAAUCGACUGAUUAUCCAGAAGAUGAGUCUCAAAUCAACGAAUGUGAAUUGGUGGUUGAAGAGGAGCUUGUCAAUGAACUCAAGACCGUUGAUAAAGCCAAUGAUAUAGAACACUUUCAUGUACCUAGAGCACAUUCGGAAGAACAAGGGAAGAAGAAGUGGCAUUGUAAUGAAGGGGAGAAAUGGCAAAAGAAAAGGGGAACUGAUACCAUUGGUAGUGAGUCACAACCUCAGAGGGAAGCGGAAUCUCCGAGUCAACCCACAGAAGGUGAAGACAGUUUGAAUGUUGCUAGCAAAUCUGAGGCUAUCCAGGAUAUUGGUGCUAUGGCAUCUUCACUGGAACCCGAAACACUUUCUAUCAGAGGAGAAAAGGGUAGAAAGCAGCGCAAAAAAGCGUUCCCUCAGGAUGAGGGAGUGAUCCAAAGUGCUGAGACGGUUGCAGAGGAUGAAAACACCUUGAUCAUCACAACAGAGGAUGGAGCAUCUUCUUAUGGUCUCUUGAAGAAAGUCACACGGUCAAACGUGUUGAAAGAAUCGUCCGAUUGCUGGGAAGAUGUGGCUCAAUCCAGAAAAUAUACAUUGGAGGAUCAAAACGAAAUUGUUGAUGGCUCCAGAGCCAUUGAUGAAGCUGAUGAAUUGGAAGCACACCCUGGAGGACAAGAAAGGAUGCAGAUCCAUGGUGAAGUAGAACACUGUCUAAAUAAAAGUGGUGUUGGAGAUGCUGAUGAUGUGUUACAACUUCAGAGAAAUAAAGAAACCAUGAGAGAGUUCACAGACGAGGGCGAGAAGACCAACAAAAGUCCUACAAAAGGUGGAGACAAUGUGGAAUUAAUAGUCGAAUCUGAGGUUGUUCAGGGAGUUGAAGCUGUGUCACGCUCUCAGGAACCUGAUCCACAUUCCUUGAAAAGAGGAAGGCGAGCAAAGCACCGAAAAGGAAGGCACCCUAAUGCCGAAGCUGAGGCCCAGGAGUGUGUUACUUCCACUGUUCCUGCCAUACAAGGAAUGGCUGGUGCGAAUGAUGAAGCAGAUCUCAAAGUAUCCGAAGUGGCUGCAGAUGUGGGAUAUUUGAUGCAACCUGAAGAAGGCAAAUGCACUCUGGAUGUUACAGUAGAAGAGGAAAAAUCCGCCUCUGAUGCCUUGGAAGAAAUCCCCCAAUCAAAUGAACAGGAAUUAGUGGAGGGGAAGAUGGAAGAUGGACUUCACUCCAACCAAUUCAAAUGGGAGAUUUUGGGCAUGACCGUCGAUGAAUUCAAAACUGUUUGCCAAUCUGAUGAUUUGGUACAUUCCCAUGAAACUGACAAAAAACCCUGGAAACAAGAUGAGAAACUGAGCCAUAGUGAAGUAGGAGAGCUCUGGCAUGAUGAACUUUGUUUGGAGGGCGUUGCCAAUGCAACACAACCUCAGACAGAUGCGAGAGACUUAAAAGACUUCACAGACGAGGCUGCUGGAUCUCAAGAAAAUCUUAGAAAAGGUGAAAUCGUCGCAUCCGAGGCUAUCCCGAGUGUUGAUACUUUGCCAUCUUCACAGAAACUUGGAUCACCUUCCAUAAAUCGGAAAGAGAAGGCCGAGAUCGAAGAAGAGUCGCACCAAAAGGGGAACUCGAUCUCUUCACCUGAAGACCAAUUGUCGCAGAAGAAGGGGAAGACGGAUCUGGAUAGCGUUGUGGGUGGUCAUCUAUCAACCCCACAAAUUUAUCCAGAUGAUCAGUUAAAAUCUAACUUGGACGAGUUUGCAGGAUCUGACGACCUGUCAAACCAACAUGUCAAAUCCGAUGAUGAAGCCUCUCAACCACGAUUUGAGGUCAGGGAAGUUCCAUCACACCAAGGGAAAAAGAAGCCUCCAAGAGCAGAAUUUUCGAGCGACGACUAUAGGGAUGAAAAAGUGUCCAAUCUGUGGACUCCAUCUCUACCACCUCCAGGUAGUGCGCGUGAAACUGUUACGAAGGAUGGAUUAGAGAUUCCAGGAGGUAGAGAUGACCAAUUUGCAAAUUGUGAGCCGUAUUCGGCGAACUCAGUAGGUGAGAAGUCUCAGGCUUUGGAUUUUGCUACCACAGAAGAUUUGACAGUUGCGGUUGAGUACACACAUUCACCUUUCAUGAAAAAUAGUCCAAAAGUCGACAACUUACCCUGCUUAUCACAAGAUUUGUCCCACGAUUCGGAUGAAGACCCAUCCCAGACUGAUAAUACGAUGGAGAAUGAGGAAACCGUGGCAGUCAUUGGCCGCAGAAGCACUCAGGAGGAAAUGCCAAUGUCAGUUGACAUUAGCGAACCGUUAAAUGGAAGAACUCUGAAGUUGAAACCAUCCCAGGAGUCAAAGGAAAGCUCGAAAAAGAAAGAUAAGAAGAGGAAACAUCCCAAGGAAAAGUCUCCAGAAUGUGGAGAACCGCUUGAAGUGGUGGAUGUUGAAAUUGAUGAACGCCCUCCUCCUGAACAUGAAUCAGAGGCAGCUUCGACAAAGUGCGGCAAGAAAAAGAAGAAGCAUCAAAGGGAAAAAUAUUUAAAGAAUGUCCACACCGCUGAAGAAGAUUCAAAGUCCCUUUCAACUGAGACGAAAGUUGAGAAUCAUCCAGCAGAUAAAGUAGUUCUGGGAGGCGAACAUGUUCAAAUCACUUCUACAGCGCCGACUUCAAGGGAAGGGAGUGAAAGCUUUGCCGAACAGGUGGAUAAAUCAAAUGUUCCAAGUGUGUCUUUAGGCACUGAAGGUCGAAGUCCAGUAAGUAAGAUGGAGAUGGAAUUGCAGAAGCAACCCACUGCCGGAUCUGAUGUAGAUAGGGAAAAUGAAGAUGGGAAGAAAAGCAAUCAAGAAGGAUACAACUUAGAGUGUAAUCCUGAGCUUCAAAAUACUGAAGCUGAGGAAAAUCUUACAGAAAAUAACUUGAAGCAGAUCGAAAGUUGGAAGGAAUCUGAGCUCAAGGAAUGUCCUGGAGCAACAACUCUCGAGACCGUUGGUCCGAACGUGACCACAAGUAUACCGAUUCUUGGUGAAACAAAAGAGGACAAUCAAAGGGCGAAAGAACUCAGUAGAAAUAGUGAAGCUCAAGGCAAGGAUGAGAAGGAACUGGAGCUCAGUAGGUCCCCGGAUGUCGAUGCAAACAAAGAGCAGGAUGAUCAGCAACUAAAAGAAGUUGAUAACCCAUUUGUCAGUAUGGAAGAAGAGGGUGAAAUCAGCUUGGAAGAGUUUCCUGGGCUCAAUGAACUGGAGUUCUGUCAGAAUCACCGAGAAUUUGGUGAAAAUUCGAUCGAUACGGGUUCAAAAUUCCAUGAAGCCAAUCUGAGUCCUAAUCCCGAUGAAGAGGCGAUUCCAGUCGCCGUUGCAGACGAACAGGCAUGGAAAGACGAGGAGAGACUGGAAAACCGUGUUGGAGAUGUUUCCGAUAAGUACUUCGAACUGUCAUUGCAUCCAGUAAAAGAUGUGGAUGUUUUGGAGGAUCUGUUUGUCUCCAAGGUGUCUGAAGCGUCUGUGAAUCAUUCUACUUCCCAGAAGCCUCCUAAAAGUGCGAUGCCGAGAAAGGAAAGUCAUCAAGGGAGUGAGAUCACUACGUUAAGCGAUUCGACCCCCUCUACCGUUGAUGUGGGCAUUGAUGACCUUCAAGAAACCGAAUCCGUCAAAUCGAUUCAGAAGGAAAACAAAGAGGAAGACUUCGAAGAAUCAUCUUCUCCUCACUUUUACAGUUCUACAGCCGGUGAUUGUUCAGCUCUUGUGGCUGAAGAAGAGAAAGAGGAAUUGCCUCCAUAUGAUUCCACCUACGAAACAGAGGUGUACAGGCCCGAGCUAAUUUGCACCGGUUUACCUUUUCCACAGGAAUUGGGUGGCAAAGCUGCCGAAGCUAACAGGGGUAAAAAGAAGCGUUGGAGGAAAGUAUCCACGACGAAGGACACAGAGGAAUAUUUAACGCCUGCCGUAGAAGCAGAUGAGCAACCUGAAUGUGUAAAACCGGUAGAUGAAACGCUUAUUCCCGUGGAUGCAGAUACGUCUCAAGUAGUUGGUGCGGACAAGGAUCUGGUGAAUAAAGACAUUUCUCAACAAAAGGUAGAGAAGGAGAACACCAAUAAUGUAGUCGCUGCUAAACUGAAAGGCACUGAAUUUUCUCCAAAUGUCGUCUUUCAGGACGUUGGAUCUGCAUCUCGCGAACUUGACAGUGGUGGAAGGGUUCAAGGAACCGUCACCGGCGUCAAGACUGAAGAAGCAUUUUCUUUGGAGCCUAACAAAAGGCAAGAGGAGAAGGGAAAGACAGCAAAAGGUGAAUGCUCCUCGACCAUUAAUCCUCCUGAGAUGUCUCACCUCUCCAACAACGGACAACGAUGGCCGGAGAUGGAGAGGGAAGGCACGGAUGUGGCAACAGACCCACAACAAUCCCUUGGCAUUGAGGUUCCUGUGGAAGUUAUCCACCCUGAAAUGACGUCAACACCGAAAGGAGAGGACCUUCUCUCAUCAAAAUCUUCGACGGAGAUAAUUCAACCGUCGGACGUGGUGACCUCUUCGCAUCCGUCAUCUACACGCAAGAAGUACGUGAACAAGGAGCCCUGUGUUGAGGUGGAUAUCGAAAGUGGACGACAGGUCGAGAAUGUGGAAGAAGCCGAGGAAGAAGAAGAAGAUGAGGGCCCUGUUACUUCAACAGAUCAUUCUUUCACGUUGAUUGAGCAAUCUCCGUCUGACACUGAUGAGGUGGAUGAUUUCACGGUUGUCGUCAAAUCACCAGCCCCUAGAACGAUUAUUGAGGCUGAGGCAACAGUUCGAGGCCAUUGCGCUCCCUUAUUAAUCGGUGAAGUUAAGUCGACUUGUGGAGAGAGAGGUGGAUCGUGGAGUAAUGCCAUCUCAUGGGAGGAAGACGCCAUCUUACGCAAAAGUGGGAUAGUGCUUCUCAACGAUUGUUUCCCUUGA